CCAUACUAAGCUGCUGCUAAUCCUGCAUGGAGCCGCUGUCACAGGGUAAAGUGAAACUAGAGAGAGACGGUACAGCUUCUAACCACCUGCUGCUGCUGCCGGACAUACUGUCUGCUGCUGCUUAUAAUAAUAGUUUAUUUAACACUGCUGCAUACGGAGAGAGAGGGCUAUGGGGGGAAGAUAUUUUCAAUGUAGUAUUACAUAUAAUUACCCCUUGCUCACGCGUUCUGAAAGCUCCACAGUGGCAGAGGUUGCUGCAGAGAGCUGAUCUUGUCCAGUGAUCUGGAGUCUGGACUAUUCCGGUUUCCCCCAAUCCCACUAGCAGGGCCAGCUGCAGUGACAGGGCCUGCAUCCAGCGGUGCUGAAGCACUCCGAUGAGUAAAUCGAGAAUCUGGCAGCAGCAGGCUAUAGUAAGAUCACCCUGCAGGGUCAAGCUGUGAGAGGGAUAAGUGAUGUGGCUGUCAUUCCAUAAAGGUCUGAAAUAUUUUUUUAGCCAAGAGAAAAGACAACAGAGCAUGUCUAGCACAGAAGAAGGAGGUAAAGAAUACAUCGCUCCCCUAUUUCAGACUGUGGAAGAGGUUCUGCAGCCUAUCCCGACUCGGAUAACUGGGACAGUCCCUGAAUGGAUAAAGGGCAGCCUGCUCCGCAUCGGUCCUGGCAAAUUUGAGUUUGGAAAUGACAAAUUUAAUCAUUGGUUUGACGGAAUGGCGCUCAUGCACAAAUUCACAAUCGAAAAUGGAACUGUGAUGUACAUGAGCAGGUUUCUACAAAGUGACGCCUAUAGGUCAAAUGAAAGUCAUAACAGGAUUGUAGUCUCCGAGUUUGGAACUGUAGCCUUGCCUGACCCGUGUAAGAGCUUGUUUCAGCGCUUUGUGUCUACAUUUGAGUUACCAAAACCAACUGACAAUGGGAAUAUAAACUUCAUGAAAUACGAAAAGGAUUAUUACGUCAGCACAGAGACAAACCUGAUGUGUAAAGUGGAUCCAGUGAUGUUAGAAACUAAAGAACAGGUUAACUGGAGUGAUUAUAUUGCUGUGAAUGCGGCAACAGCUCAUCCUCAUUAUGACCCUAAUGGAACUGCAUAUAAUAUGGGAAAUUCCUUUGGGAAACAAGGCACAUUUUACAACAUUAUUAAGGUGCCUGUACAGGAAUCAGAGGAUGAAGGCACACUGCACGGUGCACAAGUAAUCUGCUCCAUACCAGCAAAGGACAAAUGGAACCCAUCUUACUACCAUAGUUUUGGGAUGACAGAAAACUUCAUUGUGUUUAUGGAACAACCUAUAAAAUUGAAUGUGCUGAAAAUAAUUACUAGCAAAAUAACAGGGAAGCCUAUAUUGGACUCCUUUCGUUGGGAUCCAAUAUUUGACACAGUGUUCCAUGUGGCAAAUAAACACACAGGAGAGUUGCACUCUGUAACAUUCCACACUGCCGCUGUUAUGAUGUAUCACCAAAUCAAUAGCUAUGAAGAUCAGGGCUGCAUCGUGAUAGACAUCUGCUGUCAGGAUGAUGGGAAAGGUUAUGGCCUAUAUCAGCUUCACAAUCUGCGCGAAUCUGGGAAAGCUUUGGAUGAGGUCUAUAAGUUGGUACCAAAGUCUAUUCCUCGCAGAUUUGUGCUUCCUCUGGAUAUAACCAGUGAGACACCACAAGGCAUAAACAUCAAUCCUCUCACAUAUACAUCGGCCACUGCUGUGAUAAGAGCAGAUGGGACGGUGUGGUGCACUCAUGAAAACCUAUGUGAUGAGGAGUCAUUUGAGGAGAUUGGAUGUUUGGACUUUCCAGCGAUCAAUUAUUCCAAGUACAACACCAAGAAAUACCGCUAUUUUUAUGGAUGUGGAUUCCAGCAUCUCAUAGGGACUUGUCUUGUCAAAGUGGACGUUGUAACCAAGGGUCUAAAAGUUUGGCAAGAAGAUGGUUUCUACCCCUCCGAGCCAGUGUUUGUCCCCAGCCCAGAUUCCAAUGAAGAAGAUGACGGUGUGAUCCUUUCAGCUGUUGUCUCUCCCAACCAGGACAAAACCACUUUUCUACUUUUUUUAGAUGCCAAAAACUUCACAGAACUCUGCCGAGCUGAAGUUCCUGUACUAAUACCUUAUGGAAUACAUGGAAUCUUCCUGCCUCAGAAAUAAUUCAUCUACUUCUUAAGGACCUACAGUAUACACCUGUCAUCACUGCAGUUCACAAACAUUAUAACAGAAAAUACUUCAUUUCACCUUUAUAUAAUGAAACUUCCUUUAUAUACUAUAAGCAUGAUUCCUACAGUCACCAACCUUUAGGUGUUUACUAUUUAUACUCUUUAUUUGCCUCUCCAUACCUUUCCUUUCCUACCCAUUCCUUGCAAUAAGGAUAUAACCAUGUUUAUAAUGGGACGCAUGUGUUUUCCCCCAAAUUUUAAAGAAUGUCUUUAAGGUAUGGUUUUAGAAAGAUAUAUAUAAUUAAUAAUA